AUGACUCCGUACAUUGUAGGCCUUUACCGUAAAACUGUUGGACACGCUUGUGGCACUUGGAGUGCCAAGACCUUUGCCCUAGUUGCCGAAUCGGGACCCUGCGGGGCGCAACAAGUCUGUCCAUCACUCAAAGACAGAGAACUUCCACUCUUCGCUCAUCUCUGCUAUCAACCAUCAAACAACGCAAAAAUGGCGCCCGCAGCAUCCUCCGGCGGCAAGAAGCAAAAGAAGAAGUGGUCUAAGGGAAAGGUCAAGGAUAAGGCCAACCACGCAGUUGUCCUCGACAAAGCCACCUCCGACAAGCUCAACAAGGACGUCCAAUCGUACCGCCUCAUCACCGUCGCCGUGCUGGUCGACCGAUUGAAGAUCAAUGGGUCGCUCGCGAGAAAGGCGCUCGCAGAUCUCGAGGACAGAGGCGUGAUCAGGAAAGUGGUGGCACACAGCAAGGGCAGCAUUUACACGAGAGCGGCUGCCGGUGGCGACUAGAUGCCUCGACAGUAAAGAUGGAGGUUGAUGCUUGAGCAGAGAAUGGAAGGCGAAAGACACAGCCGAGACUUCCUUGAGAGGACGUUCUUCGCCGUCAGAUGAUGUUGAUGAUAUUGCAUGGGACAGGGACGGGAAAUGCCAGGUCGAUAGACCGGAGCUACGGACUCGCAUUGCAGAAAGGGAAUCGCACAUGUCCAACAAAAGCUGGACGAGGACGAAUACCAUUGUCACCAUCAACGAUUGGCACUUGCGAAGUUCUGUCUCAAAUGGGGUCUUCGGGUGAAUCUGGCUAACUGAGGAGCUUGCAACUACAGUCCCAGCAAAGUGCAGAUAAACACAAACAAUCCAUGACUCCAAAUCUGAGAAGAUUUCGUCUAUACCAUCAUGUGGUCGAACUCUUGCCGUGUCUGUCGUAACCGUAGCAUCGCUCUACUGUACAGGUUUUCCUGGUGCGUCCUUUUUCUUUUCCUUUUUGGAGUUCAUAUUCUUCCUCUUCGGCCUCCCCUUCUUUGCAGGGUCGCACAGCUUCGGUGGUUCACCUGUAUAUUCUGGGACGCCGACCAAUUUCCCAACCUCGAAGUAUUUUUUAUGGUUCUUGUAGAACUCUUCCCACCUUCUCACUUCAUCCAAGACUUUU